GUGGUUGUCGAGGCGAAAGGGAGGGGUGAGGCUGGUGGAGUUUAGCUGACGGGAGGGAGGUCAGAGCUUCCAGGAGAAUCUUCUAAUGAUCUUAGAGGGCUUAGACGGCCUGGUCCCGCCCCCUUGCCGCAGCCCCCUACACUGCCCAUCUCCGUCAGCUGGCCAGGAGACGAUGAAGAGGCUGGCUAAGCAGAGGACAGGGAGGAAGAGGGCCCGAGCCUAAGGAAUCCCUCUGGCAGAAGCAGGGGGAGGCGGGCAGAGACCCUUGCUCCCUGACGUCCGGGGGGAGAGGGGCCGGGAUGGGGCAGCAGUUCAGCUGGGAGGAGGCGGAGGGGGAGGAGAACCGCGCGGUGGACGUGGCCGAGCUGCAGGAGUGGUACAAGAAGUUCCUGACGGAGUGCCCCAGCGGCUCGCUCUUCAUGCACGAGUUUAAGCGCUUCUUCAAGGUCGCAGGCAACGAGGAGGCCACUCAGUAUGUAGAGGGCAUGUUUUUCCGCGCCUUCGACAGGAACGGGGACAACACCAUCGACUUCCUAGAGUACGUGGCAGCCCUGAACCUCAUGCUGAGGGGCAACCUGGAGCACAUGCUGAAGUGGACCUUCAAGAUCUAUGACAAGGACCGCAACGGCUGCAUUGACCGCCUGGAGCUGCUGGACAUCGUGGAGUCCAUCCACAAGCUGAAGAAAGCCUGCAGGGUGGAGAUGGAGGCUGAGCAGCAAGGCCAGCUACUCACACCUGAGGAAGUCGUGGACAGGAUCUUCCUUCUGGUGGAUGAGAAUGGAGAUGGCCAGCUGUCCCUGAAAGAAUUCAUUGAAGGUGCCCGUCGUGACAAGUGGGUGAUGAAGAUGCUGCAGAUGGAUGCGAGUCCCGGCAGAUGGAUCUCUCAGCAGAGGCAGAAGAGUGCCAUGUUCUGAGGGGCCUGUGGCCCUGGGAGCCCCCGGGGACUCCAGGCUCACCAGGUUUCCAGAGUAGAGGGGGGGCAUCCCUGGCUCAGCCUGCUAUGCCUACUCUCAUCCUGGCACGGACUUCCUGGUGCCUCCCGUGUAGGGGGUGGGGCUGAGUGGGGAGGAGGGGUCUGAAGGGGUCAGUAGGGCCAUGGGUCCUAUUGGGAGGUUUCACAUUCAUGGGGUGCUGAAGGGAACUGGCUUCCUCUUCCCUUCUGCUCCAGGGAAAGCCCGGCCUUGGCAGGGUGGUUGAGCUCUCACAAAUUCCUGCACGGUUUUUAGCUGAACGCAGGGAAAACUGGGGAGUGGGGAUCCCACAGACCAACUUAGCAAUGAGAAUGCCCACACGGCCUGAGACUGACUGGUAGCAGGGAGGGGCUGGCAAGUGUUGUUGACACGGGAGCAAAGGUGGGACCUGGGGGGAGGGGAUGGCUAAUAAUUACCCCCCCCCCAUCCUGAGGAAUGUGCCCGUGAGGACAUGUGCCUCUUCCUCCCCCAGUUGUCCUCACCAGGGGUGUCGACGGGAAACUUGCAACAAGUCAGGCUGUGGUCUGCCUGCCCUUGGAGGUCAGCUGUGCUUAAAGGGGCUGUUCCAACUCUGCCCCGUGCUGUCCCCCCCAACUCUCCUCUCCCCUCUGCAUCCCCACACGCACCUCCCCAACCCCCACCCCCAGCACAGACCUUCCACAGCUCCGCAUCGCAAGCCCACAAGUCAAACGUGUCUCCUUAAAGGAUGGAAGAAACCUUUCCUCUGUCCCUGGGGAGAACUGGGGGCCUGCCAAUCUGGGUUCUAGACCGGGUUUUGCCUCCAACUGCUAUGUGACCCAAGACGGCCACUUCUCUUCCCUAACUUCGGUUAUCUCAUCUACAGCGUGAGCAGUUUAGACAAGUGGUUUUCAGAUGAUUCUUUUUUGGAUGUGGAAUUCUUUUUGUUAUACAAACUGUGUAUGCCGCCCCAGUACAGACACCAGAUGAAAAGGCAGUCCUCCUGGUGGCAGGGGUUGCUGAGGACCUCAGAAAAGGAACUCACGUGAAUGUAUGCUUUUGUGUUGGUGUAUGAAAAAUAAAACUAACUUGUUGAGCCUGA